UGGAUAUAUACUGCUACUGAGCUGCUACUUUUUACAUGAUUGCGUACACAUCAAAAUAUAUAAUACUCCAAGGGAUGGGAACAAGAAUGCCCCUGCAUCCCACAAGCGAACAACAGAUUCGAUCCUGCGAAGAUUUGCACGGGAUAAAGUAGCGCUUCCCAAUUGCCGUGAUCGCCAUCCGAAGCACAUACAGUAGCUUGCGUAUAUAAAAGGAAAGGCCGGCAUGGCCCUUUCCCCGCGGUCCUGUCGACCCGUCCAUUCCUGACGAUCCUCGAAUAGACAAAUGCUUCAGUCGAGUCAUAUGAAAUGGAAAAACUAUGGUCUCGCAGUCAUCGUUUCCUGCAUGCAAACCUGCUGGCUCCGUCUGCCGUGGAGUAGUAAACAACAGCUGAAAAUAAGUCGCCGCUGACGCGCGCCUCGAUUGCAGAGGCUACAUGGAUCCGGUGAAUCUUUAGGACGGGAAGAAACGGGGGAAGGAAAACGUUUCUUAAUUCCGCGGCCAGCCAUGCCACGCCAAAGCCGGCAGUCAGGCGAUCACUUGUGCAGGCCUCCAAAGGAUACGAUCAACUACUGUAGUAGUAGUCUUGUACUCCAGAUGAAUGUAAAAGCUAGAUUAAAAAUAUGGAGGAGAGGGGGAGCAGAAGCUUGUCCGGCGGCCCGGCCCGACUUACCAGCUUUAUUUGGUCACGUGUGGCGCGGGCGGGCGGGCGCGAAGAUCUUCCAAGCAGUCGCCGGGGAGAUUUGGUUCCGGAGCACACGAUCUUGUCAAGUAGACCGUGAAUAUAUCAGGCGUGACCAAAUCUAAGGUGUCGAUCACCGGGAAGCGAUCGAGUAGUGAGCAGGAGCUACCAAAGCUAGUAGUAGAGCUUAGGAUCGAGCUAGCCAACUAGUAAGCCAUGGAGGAGAUCAAGAGGGCGGCGGCGCCGCACGCGAUGCUGUUCCCGUUCCCGUGCUCGGGCCACAUCAACCCGACGCUGAAGCUGGGCGAGCUGCUGCACUCCCGCGGGGUGCGCGUGACCUUCGUCAACACGGAGCACAACCACGAGCGCCUGCUCCGGCGGUCGGCGCUCCGCGGGCGCGAAGGGUUCCGGUUCGAGUCCGUGCCCGACGGGCUGGAGAACGCCGACCGGCGCGCGCCCGACAAGACGGUCCGGCUCUACCUGUCGCUCCGCAGGAGCUGCCGCGCGCCGCUCGUGGCCCUGGCGCGCCGGCUCGUGCCGCGCGUCACCUGCGUCGUGCUCAGCGGCCUCGUCAGCUUCGCGCUGGGCGUCGCCGAGGAGCUCGCCGUCCCCUCCUUCGUGCUCUGGGGCACCAGCGCCUGCGGCUUCCUCUGCACGCUCCGCCUCCGCCAGCUCCGCCAGCGCGGCUACACGCCCCUCAAAGACGAGAGCUACCUGACGAACGGGUACCUGGACACGCCGAUCGACUGGAUCACGGGGAUGCCGCCGGUGCGGCUGGGCGACAUCUCCAGCUUCGUCCGGACGGUCGACCCGACAAGCUUCGCCCUGCGCGUGGAGGAGGAAGAAGCCAACAGCUGCGCCAAGGCGCAGGGCCUCAUCCUCAACACGUUCGACGAGCUCGAGCCGGACGUCCUCGACGCCCUCCGGGACGAGUUCCCGCGCGUCUACACCAUCGGGCCCCUGGCCGCCGCCAUGCACCUCCGCGUCAACCCCGGCCCCUCGGCCGGGCUCAGCCUCUGGGAGGAGGACGCGUCCUGCAUGGCGUGGCUGGACGCGCGCCAGGCCGGGUCCGUCCUCUACGUCAGCUUCGGGAGCCUGGCCGUGCUGUCGCUCUCCCAGCUAGCGGAGUUCGCGUGGGGGCUCGCGGGCACCCAACGCCCGUUCCUCUGGGUCGUGCGCCCGGGGCUCGUGGCCGGCGACCGCGGCAUGGAAGCCCUGCCGUCCGAUUUCCUCGAAGAAACCGAAAACCGGCGGCUCAUCGUCGAGUGGUGCGCGCAGGAGCAGGUGCUGCGGCACCCCGCCGUGGGGGGAUUCCUGACGCACAGCGGGUGGAACUCAACCACGGAGAGCAUCUGGGCCGGGGUGCCGAUGGUGUGCGCGCCCGGGUUCGCGGACCAGUACAUCAACAGCCGGUACGUGUGCGGGGAGGAGGAGUGGGGCAUCGGGCUGCGGCUGGACGAGCAGCUGAGAAGGGAGCAGGUCGCGGCGCACGUCGAGGAGCUCAUGGGGGAAGGAAGCAAGAAGGGCGAGGAGAUGAAGCGCAACGCGGCCAAGUGGAAGGCGCGGGCAGAGGCGGCCACGGCGCCUGGGGGAUCGGCGCACGAGAACCUCGAAAGGCUGUUCGAGGUGCUGCGGCUUGAUGAGGAAUCGGACGCCGAGCACGGCCGCCGGUGACGAUGCCAUAUUGGCAUGUCCCCCCAUUGUUGAUGCAAUCGUGAUGUAGUUUGGGACUUUGGGUGCUUUCCUGUUGUUACGUACUUCCUCGCAAAGUUGUUAGUCGUCGUCUGGUUUCUGAUUAAGGGUUCAGCGACAGAGAAAAAAAGAGUUCAGCGACAGAUCGAAGUAACAGUGCGUCGUUUUGUGCGCGGAUGUUUCCUUAACUUUCCUUCCGAGUGGUUCUCUUGAGCCAGGCAAGCCUGUGGCGUACCCGAUGGAAGUCUUCAGCGGGAACCGAGUAGUGAGUAGGCGAGACAAUCAUGCAUUACGGGUUUUCUUUUUGCGAGGAAUCAUCUCAGGAAACUUGUAGUGCUAGCAUUAGACUGAUCAGAGGGACACGUGUGCUUGAGACCGAGGUAUUAAACGCGUUAAGUGCA